AUGAACUUCAAGAGAUACAAUGAUGUCAUGAAUGGAGUCUAUAGCUCACACUAUCCAAUAGAUCUCAUAGGCUACCUAGAAAACGUUGGUGAGUUAACUGUUGUGACAGAUCAAAGCUUUACGCUCUCUAAUGACAAGAAAACAAACAGAGUUACAUUCACGAUUAAAGAUUUGGAGGAAGAGGUUUUGGAAUGCAAAGCUUAUGGUGCAUUGGCUUUCCAAUUGUACGACAAAUGGUGGAAGCAUGGUACAACCGAGACAUUCAUCACAAUGAGUGACUGGGUUGUUUACAUGGACCGAAGAACAAAUGAGAUCAAGAUUAAGGAUGCUGGAGGUAUCUCUAGGUUUGAGUUCAAUGCUCCUUACCAGGACGUAUAUGAUUUCAGCUCAGCAUAAUCUGGAGAUCGGUGGCCGGUGGCUUCCAAAGCACAGUCGCCGGUCUCUCCUUUCUUUCUUCCUUCUUUCUCCCUCUCUUCUCCUCCGUCGCUCUGCUCGUGGAGGUUGUUUAUUUGGCUUUUGCUUUGGCUUCGCCUCUGGGCUCUAUCGUUUGUUUGUGCAGUCGCGGCGGACCGGUCGGCCGAUCUCUCGUGGUCCGGCUCAAUAGAGCGACGGAGCGGUUCUGCCGAUUCACCACAGAGCUCUGUUUGGCUGGUCGCUCCCUCCGGUGUUCUAGUUCACGAGUUUGGGUUUUAG